CAUUGUUCGUAGUUUUCUUCGAACAAUGGUGCUCCCAAUUCUGUUCCUGUUUUGCUGUUUCUCUGCAACAACUGGGUUUGGUUCUGAACGGCUUAUAAAUCCCAAGAAGCUGCCGAUGUUCGUCGACGACUUGCCGGAAAUCCCCACACUCUCCGGCUUCCAUGGCCGCCAUUCCAAGCAUCUCCGCCUUGGCAUGUUCCUCAAGACAUGGAAAUUUCAUCGAGAUCUUCCCCCGACUCCUGUUUUUGCUUACGGUGUUUCCAAGGACUCUGCAACAGUUCCUGGCCCUACAAUCGAAGCCAUCCAUGGCAUCUCAACGUAUGUGACGUGGGAAAAUCACCUCCCUGACCGGCAUAUUCUUCCAUGGGAUCCCACAAUUCCGACCGCCAUACCCGCCGGAAAUCGUGGCAUCCCGACGGUGGUUCAUCUCCAUGGCGGCAUCACCGAGCCUGGCAGCGAUGGCCAUGCAACCUCAUGGUUUACUAAUGGCUUCAAGCAGAAAGGACCCUCGUGGACCAACAAGACAUAUCACUAUAACAAUCACCAGCACCCUGGGAAUCUUUGGUACCAUGAUCAUGCCAUGGGGUUGACUAGAGUCAACCUUCUUGCUGGCCUGAUUGGAUCCUAUAUAAUCCGUCACCACCAUGUUGAGGCUCCUCUCCGACUCCCUCACGGUCGCGAAUUCGACCAUCCAUUGGUCGUCUUUGAUCGAAGCUUUCUCCACAAUGGCUCCAUCUUCAUGAAUUCCACCGGCAAUAAUCCCUCUAUACAUCCCCAGUGGCAACCGGAAUACUUUGGCGACGUUAUCGUCGUCAACGGUAAAGCCUGGCCACGUAUGACAGUACAACGUCGCAAGUAUCGAUUCCGCAUCAUCAAUGCUAGUAACGCUAGAUUCUUCAAAUUUUUCUUUACCAAUGGCCUUAGAUUCAUACAUGUAGGAUCGGACUCGGCCUACCUUGCAAAACCUGUAGUUUCCAAGGCGAUCCUACUGGCACCAUCAGAGAUUGCUGACGUGGUGGUUGACUUUUCAAAGUCAAUGAUUGACACAGUCAUCCUAGCCAACGGUGCAGCCUACCCUUAUCCAUCCGGGGAUCCCGCAAGUGAAGGUAACAACAAAGUGAUGAAAUUUUAUAUUUCCAGAAAGAAAGAAGUUGAAACGCAGAGAGUUCCCAGCAAACUAAUAGAGUACCCGAAACCAAAACUAUCCGAUGCAUCGCACACUCGGUACAUUGCCAUGUACGAAUACACGAGUGACAUCGACGAGCCAAUCCAUCUAUACAUAAACGGAAAAAGGUAUGAAGCACCAGUGACAGAGAAGCCAAAGGUAGGGAGCACAGAGAUAUGGUACGUGAUCAAUCUAACAGAGGACAAUCAUCCAUUACACAUUCACAUCGGGCUACUGGCCGCACUCGACCAGACAGAGCUGGUUCGGCUGGAAGAGUUUAAGGAUUGCAUGACGAAAAAAAAAGAUGCAGUGAAGUGCAAAAUUGAACAACAUGCACGUGGAAAACGGAUUAAGGUAAGCAGUCAUGAGAAAGGGUGGAAGAAUGUCUACAAGAUGAUGCCUGGAUAUGUGACAAAGAUACUGGUGAGGUUUUCCAACAUACAAUCGAACGCAUCAUACCCGUUCGAUGCAACUGCGGAGCCUGGCUAUGUUUACCAUUGUCACAUAUUGGAUCAUGAAGACAAUGAGAUGAUGAGACCAUUGAAGCUGGUUGCCUGAGAAGAGGCUGUGGAAGAAGACCAGAACCAACAAAUCUCAACACAAAUGAACAAUUUGAACUAUGUAUCAAAAAGUGUACUGUUUUGCUUUGUAUACUGCCUCCAAUAAACAUUACAGAGAGCAACUCACAGAAAAACGAGCU